AUGUCUUCAAAGUCUUCUGAUUCGGAUCGUCCCUCUGUUUCUGACGAUGAUUCGGAAUUUAACUACAUACCGGGAAAUUAUUCUCUCAUUGAAUCUGAGAUUAUGGAAGCUUCUGACAGUGAGAAUGGCGAAGGUGAUAAGGAUCAACACACAAGCUGUGUUGAUGUUGAACCGUAUUCAAGCGAACCUGUGGCGGACGAAGAAUGGAUAGCAGAAUACAGGCUACGACAAGCGGAGAAAGAACAAAGGCUGGCAAGUUUGAAAGAUCGGCUAGUGGGGAAAGAGAGCCUUAGUAAUUGGUACGCGAGUUAAUAUAUAUGAAGUUGUUUUAUAUUAAUUUUUAUGACAAUUUGUGAACACAUGAAUAACACAAUCACACAGCUCAGCUACAAUUUUUAUCGAAUUAAACUAAAUGUCUUUAUUAUAUUGUUUUUAGGUGCUCUUGUGGUAAUUGCAACAUUACAUUUCUUCAAAAUGCAAACGAGUGCUGCUGUUGUCAGGACAUGGAGAAAUGUGUAGAGGCAUUAUCAGAUGAAUGGGUGCUUCAAGACUUGGAAACUGCUCCAAAAUCGUAUUCUAGACGCUCUUGUGGUAAUUGUUCUAUUACAUUCCUCCAAAAUGCAAACGAGUGCUCCUGUUGUAAAGACAUGGAGAAAUGUGUAGAGUCAUUGUCAGAUGAAUGGAUACCUCAAGACAUGGAAACUGCUCCAAAAUGCAUUACAUUACAUCCAGCAUUUAAUACUGUAUGCCUUGAUAGAUGGUCAUUGCGGUUGGCAUCUGGAAAGUUCAGAACCAUUGAUAAAAGGAGUUAUCAGCAAACUGGUUCAGAUGAGGCGUAAGUCAAUGGAAAACACCUUUUGAUAAUGAUGUACAAGCCCCUCCUUGGCCCAGUAAUCCCUCUUUGUCAUGAAUUGUCAGUAAAUAGCUAUUCUUCUGAACAGGUCAUUCUGAACGACCUAAUCAUGAGGGUGAGGCUCUUGGGCAUAUUUAGAGUAUUUUGGGAUUUUUAGCCCUGACAAAAAGCCAAGUAAUAUCUACUGUACCAGUGUACCACAGAUGAACAUACCUGGUUUAUCCCACUCACUGCAUUUAUAUGGUUAAUAUAUACACACAUAUAAGCAUUGACUUGUAAAUUUAAUACUUAACUUAAACAUUGAAUAGGUUCAUGAGAAAUGUGGCAUAUCGUGAAUUUAUACACCUGGUGUAUGACCGUGUUGGUAAAAACAGGAUUCCACUUCCAGCAUGCGCUUAUCAUGCAAUAAGAAGCAAAUUCCAACCAAAAGAAAAGGGUGAACAUUUUAUUGGUUUUCAAGAUGAAGAGAUGGAUGACUGA